CCAACAUAGUUGUGCCACAUGUCUGCAGAAAAUAAGUCUACGAGAGGGUCAGCUCGUCCCACUUGAAAUUUAGUGCGCGGAAGAAAUAGAUAUUCAGAUGAUGGCAUGAGAUUUAAUGUCACCAGUGUGUUGCUCAGCUGGUGUGGUGAACUUAAAAGGAGGCGAAGGAGUUGUCUGUUUUCGGGGAAACUUUUCACAGCUGACCUCACUCCCAAAGCAGAUAUACCGUGGCAUGGAUCAUGUCUUAAAAGUUGCAGACCGUUAUGUCUUCACUCCAUAUGUUUACCCAGCCUGGUGGCCCGAGGAUGGGGCUCUGCGCCAACUCAUCAGCCUGAGCCUGUUGACCAACUUUGGAGCACAAACAGUUUACAUGAUUUUUGGUGCACUGAAUUUCUACUUUGUCUUUGACCACAGGCUCAUGAAACAUCCGCAGUUCAUUGAGAACCAGAUAAGUGAAGAGAUCCAACUUGCAACUUCCUCCCUCUUCUGGAUGAGCUUUCCCACAGUGCUAACUUUCUUCCUGGAGAUCAGGGGUCACAGCAAACUUUUUGAUGAUGUCAGUGAAUCUCCUCAGGGCUGGCCGGGGGUGUUCCUGAGCAUUGCUGGAUUCUUGUUCUUCACGGACAUGUGUAUCUACUGGAUACACCGCUCCAUGCAUCACAGGAGGAUCUACAAGUACUUACAUAAACAGCAUCAUUUAUUCAAGAUCCCCUCACCAUUUGCAAGCCAUGCCUUCCACCCAAUUGAUGGCUUCCUGCAGAGUUUACCCUACCACGUAUACCCUUUCAUCUUCCCGCUCCACAAGGCCGUCUACCUGUCCCUCUUCAUCUUUGUCAACAUCUGGACCAUCUCCAUUCAUGACGGCGACUACCGCAUCCCCGGCCCCUUAAUACACAUUAUAAAUGGCGCCGCCCACCACGUAGAUCAUCAUCUCUUCUUUAACUAUAACUAUGGACAAUACUUUACUCUCUGGGAUCGUUUGGGAGGCUCCUACAAAUACCCUUCAGUCCUUCAAGGGAGAGGAUGACGUGACCGCAUUGGCAAGCUUGCAGCAGACACAGCAUUGACGCAAUGAUGGGGCAGUGACAUCAAAUUUUUUUUUUUUUUCAAGUGUAUCAAAUGAAAGCACCAUUGCAGUGGAUUUGUAAUGAUUUAAUUGUUUCAAAGACACUAAGAGGACAUCUGUUCACAUGCUAACUUAGCCUCGUAAACCGCGUGGGGCUGAUUUAAAAAAUUGUGAAGUGCAGAUUUGUACAAGUGAAAGCAGAACGUGACAAGAGCUGACAUGCGUUUUGAAGGACUGCUCCCGAGUAGGAAACCUCUAACAGGUAUUUAUGAGAGUUGCACACCACUGUGUGCAACUAAGAUUAGCAGACUAAAACACACAAACAAAGCAAAACUGUGUUCUACAGUUCAUGGAGUGGUGAUUCAACUCCCAGCGUUUGGAGUGUUUUCAUGGAGGCUCUGCAGGGAAAGGUCUGUCCACUUCAUCUCUUGUUCCUUCACAGACUCUGUAGAUCCGCCAUUGUCCUGCUCAGCCUCAGGGAGUUCACCCUGAAAGACAGCAAACACAACAUGAUGA